AUGUCUAUUAAUUACAAUCUUCAUCCUAUGACAUACUUUAAUGUCAAUGGAGCAGAGAGAUUUGGUGACGAGUUAGAUCUUGACGUGGAUAAUAUAUCUACGAUUUCACCAACAAACACCGCAAGGUCAGAUAAUUCUCCACAGAUAUCAUUUUCAUCGCAGUCUUCUCCAAAUUCGCCAUUUAAUGACAUGAAGAGACCUAGUGACCCUGGCCCUCAGAUUAAGGUAGAGGGAUCUUCAGUUAUAAAAGAUUGUUCAAGUAGUGGGAAUGGAAGCAGCGCUCAACCUAAGCCGGCAAGAAAGACUUACCACAAGGUUACGGCAGAAGAUAUGAAAGGACCUUUCAUCUGUAAGUGGCAUGAUUGUGGGGAAGUUUUUGAGAUGCCAGAGGUUUUAUACGACCACUUAUGUGACGAGCAUGUAGGGAGGAAAUCGGCUAACAAUUUGUCUUUGACCUGUCACUGGAACGGUUGUGAGACUACAACUUCCAAAAGAGAUCAUAUCACUUCUCACUUGAGAGUUCAUGUUCCUUUAAAACCAUAUCACUGUGAAAUAUGCCCCAAGAGUUUCAAGAGACCACAAGAUUUGAAAAAGCAUUCCAAGGUUCAUUCUGAUGAUCAUCCAAAGAAAUUAAAGAGAUUUCAGAAGCAAUUACAAAGGAAUCAGGAAAUAGAGUCGAAGUCUAAGUCUUUUCCUCAGGAAGAUUUCAUGGGCUUCGCCCAACCUCCUGAUGAUGCUGACUCAAGGAAAAGGAAGUUUGACACUAAUUAUCAACAAAAUCAUCAUAUCAUCAAUAACGUUUUGAGUGAUUUCAACUUUCAUUUACUUCCACAAGGUCAUGAACAGCAAGACUCUGCUAAUAAAAAGUUUAGAGUCGAGCCUAAUUAUAACCUCGAUGUGUUCAACAGAUUGAAUACUUUGACGGACAGUAAAUCGAGCUAUCAAUCUCAACAACAACCUCAAGCUCAAUAUCUGGUUCAACCUUCUCCCCUUCCCACACUGAUCGGACCUAGCUUAAACAGCGGUAACAUAUAUGAAGCCGAACGCUUUUUCAAGAACUUGUCACAUUCCAUUGACUCCCAGUAUCAAAACCUUUCAAGGGUACCUCAACAAUAUUCACGUUCUGCCCAAUACUACCCGCAUUACCAGCAAGAUUCAAGCUUCUUGAGUUCAGCAGCGCCUCAAACUUUGCCCAAGUCAUCAAAUACCCAUGUUUCUUCAGAUAGUCAACAGGUUCAAGGGUUUUAUCCUACUCUCCCACAGUUGUCUAACGGGAAAUUUUCAGGUGGUUCUUCAUAUAUAAAUGCCGAUAUGAUGGUAAAUAACAAUAAUGUUGGACAUUACCCUAGCUAUCCACAAACUGGAAGAAAUACAAAUGACUCUAAUCAAUAUCCAAUGUCUAUGGAAUUCGGAGGAGUUUCGCUUAAUCAAAGAUCUGGUCAAAAGUUGUCAAAGGAUGAUCAUAAAGAGGAUGAUGAUCCUGCUAGCGCGCUAGAGAAGUUAUCCUUGAAGGAAGGUCAAUUUAAUAUUGAUGAUGUUAUAAGACAUAAGGAAAUCGUGAGAAUGGUUUGUGAGUACUUAGCUUAUUCGAAAAAAAUAAUUCAAGAGAAGCAAGACCACGAAAAUAAGAAGGUUGAAGCGAGAGUUGAAACAGGUGGAAAGUUAUACCCAACUAUCACCGCUUUUUAA